AUGGCUUACAUGUGUGCAGACAGUGGUAACCUAAUGGCCAUCGCUCAACAAGUCAUCAACCAAAAACAGCAACAAGAACAACAUGACCAACAACAACAUCAUCAACAUCAUCAAAAUCUCCUAGGUACUAUCACUAACCCAUGGAAUCCCAACAACAACAACAACAACUCUGUUUCAUCACUUCCACCUCUCUCCUUCCCACCAACCGACUUCACCGACCCAUUUCAAGUCGGGUCGGGUCCCGACAACCCCGAUCCCACUUUCCACUUCCCUCCCCUCCACCCCACCUUCCGUUUCUCCGAUUUCGAUUCCGAAGACUGGAUGGACACUCUAAUGGCCGCCGCCGCCGAUGACACCCCUAACACCCACACAGACUUUCCUCUCAACCCGUUUUCGUCCUGCCCGACCCGACUCUCUCCACCCUCGGAUCUCCUCUUACCCGCCACCCUUCCACUCCAAAACCAGACCCCAACCCAUCCUCACAACAAAAACGACACCACCGAAACGACAUCCUCAUUACCCUCGUCCACAAACCCGCUUCUCAAAUCACUAACCCAAUGCGCACGCCUCAUCGAAACCGAACCAAAUCAAGCCGUGGAAACCCUAAACCAUCUCAAAAAAUCAAUUUCACAAAACGGAAACCCAACUCAGAGAGUUUCAUUCUAUUUCUCACAAGCUUUAACCAACAAAAUCAACACACACUCGCAACUAGCUUCUUCACUUUCUUCUAUUUCUUCAACUACAUGGGAAGAGUUAACGCUUUCUUACAAAGCCCUAAACGAUGCAUGCCCUUAUUCGAAGUUCGCACAUUUAACUGCAAAUCAAGCUAUUCUCGAAGCAACCGAAGGUUUCAACAAUAUUCACAUAGUUGAUUUUGGAAUAGUUCAAGGGAUUCAAUGGGCUGCACUUUUACAAGCCUUCGCAACUCGUUCUUCUGGAAAACCUAACAGUGUAAGAAUUUCUGGUAUACCUGCUAUGGCUCUUGGGAUUUCGCACGUCUCUUCAAUUUCUGCUACUGGUAAUCGUUUAUCUGAGUUUGCCAAACUUCUAGAGUUGAAUUUUGAGUUUACGCCCAUUACUACUACGCCGAUUCAGAUGCUUAAUGAGUCUAGCUUUUGUAUUCAACCCAAUGAGGCUUUGGCUGUUAAUUUCAUGCUUCAGUUGUAUAAUCUUUUGGGUGAGACUUCGGAUUCCGUUGAAACAGCGCUUCGUUUGGCCAAGUCUUUGAAUCCCAAGAUUGUUACUCUUGGUGAAUAUGAAGCUAGCUUGACGACGCGUGUUGGUUUUGUGAAACGGGUUGAAACCGCUUUUAAUUAUUUUGCUGCUUUUUUCGAGUCUUUGGAGCCAAACAUGGAGGUGGAUUCUCCGGAGAGGUUUCAAGUGGAGAGUCUUUUGCUUGGUAGGAGAAUUGAUGGUGUGAUUGGUGUGAGGGAGAGGAUGGAGGAUAAAGAACAGUGGAAAGUUUUGAUGGAAAGUUGUGGCUUUGAAUCUGUUAGUUUGAGUCAUUAUGCAAUUAGUCAAGCUAAGAUACUUUUAUGGAAUUAUAGUUAUAGUUCUUUGUAUUCUCUUGUUGAAUCUCAACCUGGGUUCUUGUCUUUGGCUUGGAAAGAUGUUCCUCUCUUGACUGUUUCUUCUUGGCGUUGA